AUGACGUGGCCUUCAGUAAAGGUGCGGACUAGGUGGACAAACCGUACUGGAAUUCUCGGGGCUCUCUUCAGCGAUCUGAAAAGUAAGCGUUUGAGUGGUGAGAAACCAUCCACCACAUUGCUCACGAGAUCGCCAAACGAAAAGAAGAAGAAUUCAAAGCUUUUGGUGGCUAGACGACUAAGGUUAUCAAAUGCAAUUGGUACUCGUCCAUCGGAUAAAAAUUCGGCAACUUUGUCUGGUGAAGACGUGUUGAAUCGUGCUUUCGAGUAA